AUGGCGUCGAUACCAGUCAUCAUCAAACACCAGGGGAAGAAGUAUGAGAUCGAGGUUGACCCCACAUCCACCGGCGAGGACUUCAAGCUGCAAGUCUACAGCCUCACCAACGUCGAACCCGACCGACAAAAGAUUUUGAUCAAGGGAGGCCAGCUCAAGGAUGACGCCGACAUGGGCAAGCUGGGCCUCAAGCCUAAGCAGGCCAUCAUGAUGAUGGGCUCACCUAGCUCCGGUGGCCCCGCCCUCGUUCGACCCAAGGAGGCUGUCAAGUUUGUUGAGGACAUGACCGAGGCCGAGCAGGCUCGGCAGGCUGGCGCCACCCCAGCUGGCCUGGUCAAUUUGGGAAAUACUUGCUAUCUGAAUUCGACUUUACAAACACUUCGGUCUAUCCCCGAGCUCCAGACGGCCCUCACUACCUACAAGCCCACCCCUCAAACAUCGGUCCUCUUGGGUCCCCAGAGGGACUUGGCUGCCGAGCUCUCCAAGGUCUACAGGCAAAUGGGCGAGACACAGGGUGCUUUCCCUCCCAUGGGUUUUCUCGGUGCCCUGAGAGCCGUGUUCCCUCAAUUUGCCGAGAUGUCCAAGUCGGGCCAGGGAUAUGCUCAGCAGGAUGCUGAGGAAGCCUGGUCCCAGAUCGUGCAGCAGAUUGGUCAGAAGGUCAAGGUCAAAGAAUCGGAAGAUGCCGCCGAAAAAUCAUUUGUCGACAAGUAUAUGUCGGGAGAGUUCGUUAGCGAGCUCCAGAUUGACGAUGAAGGGGCACGUAGUGCAGGCGAGAAGGCCGUCGUGUCCAAGGAGGCUUUCUACAAGCUCAACUGCCACAUCGACGGGCAGACGAACCACCUGAGAGAUGGAAUUCUUGCCGCCCUUCACGAGAAGCUGAACAAGAAGUCCGAGAUCCUUGACCGCGAUGCCGACUACACCAAGACGUCCAAGAUUUCGCGAGCACCCAAGUACCUCACCGUCCACUUUGUUCGAUUCUUCUGGAAGCGUGAAACCCAGAAGAAGGCCAAGAUUAUGCGGAAAGUCACCUUCCCUCACGAACUUGAUAUUGUAGAGUUCUGCUCUGACGAGCUGAAGAAGGCCUUGGUCCCCGUCCGUGACAAGGUCCGCGAGGUCAGGAAGGAUGAGGAAGAUAUCGAGCGAGCUCGCAAGCGACGCAAGAGGACCAAGCAGUCCGAGCUGGACGACAUUCCAGGCGGAUCCGGUCUUCCUUCCGAGAAGGAGAAGAAGGAGAAGGAGCAGAAGGAGAAAGAAAAGAGGGAGAGGGAGAGGAAGGAGGUCGACCAGGCCGUCGCAGCCAAGUCAUCUGACGGAGACGUCAUCAUGGGAGAGACAUUCAAGACCGAUUCUGAGAUCGACGCCGAGAAGGAUGCUGCUCUUCUCGCUGCCAAGAAGGAGCUCAACGCGCUCAUCGACCCAAGCCUGCGCGACGACGACGGUGCCAACCAGUCUGGGCUUUACGAGCUCCGUGGUGUCGUCACGCACCAAGGUGGCAGUGCUGACAGUGGUCAUUACACCGCGUAUGUCAAGAAGACUGCCACUGUCGACUCCAAGACAGGCGAAAAAGGCGAGGAAGACGGCAACUGGUGGUGGUUCAACGACGACAAGGUGUCCGAGGUGACGGGCGAUAAGAUCCAGACCCUCGCGGGCGGAGGCGAGUCCCACUCGGCUCUGAUCUUGCUGUACAAGGCAAUUCCCCUCCCCUCUGCCGAAGGUAAGAUCGAGGAUACGGCCUAA